CGCGGGGGCGGGGCGCGCGGCGGGCGCGGGCGCGCGCGGCGGCGGCGCGUUCGGUUCCCGGCCGAGGCUCGCGGCGGAAAAGUUGUGGGGCGGAGAGGAGCGGCCCCGGGACGGGCAGAGAGCGGGACGCCGAGGCGGCUCCCGGCGCCCGCGGUCGCGCCAUGGACGACCUCGACGCCCUGCUGGCCGACUUGGAGUCCACCACCUCCCACAUCUCCAAACGGCCCGUGUUCUUGUCGGAGGAGACCCCCUACUCGUACCCAACUGGAAACCACACAUACCAGGAGAUUGCCGUGCCGCCCCCUGUCCCGCCACCCCCAUCCAGUGAGGCCCUCAAUGGCACGAUCCUUGACCCCUUAGACCAGUGGGAUCCCAGUGCCUCCCGAUUCAUCCACCAGCAGCCUCAGUCUCCGUCACCCGUGUGUGGCUCCAGUGCCAAAACUUCCAGCGCCUCCGUGCCCCAGGACGGCGCCGGCCCGCCGUGUUCCCGAGCCGGUGAGGAAGAGCACGUCUACAGUUUCCCCAACAAGCAGAAGUCGGCCGAGCCUUCACCCACUGUGAUGAGCUCCUCCCUGGGCAGCAACCUUUCUGAACUUGACCGUCUGCUGCUGGAACUGAAUGCGGUGCAGCAUAAUUCCCCGGGCUUCCCUGCAGAUGAGGCCAACUCAAGCCCGCCGCUGCCUGGAGCUCUGAGCCCCCACUAUGGCAUCCCAGAGAAUAACAGCCCACUGGGGGGCAAAGCUGGACCCCUGACGAAAGAGAAGCCCAAGCGGAAUGGGGGCCGCGGCCUGGAGGAUGUGAGGCCCAGUGUGGAGAGUCUCUUGGAUGAACUCGAGAGCUCCGUGCCCAGCCCCGUCCCUGCCAUCACUGUGAACCAGGGCGAGAUGAGCAGCCCUCAGCGAGUCACCUCCAGCCAGCAGCAGACACGCAUCUCAGCCUCCUCUGCCACCAGGGAGCUUGACGAGCUGAUGGCCUCCCUUUCGGAUUUCAAGACCAGCUCCUCUGCUGUGGCCUUGAGCUCCCUGGGGCUGCUGCCCAAACCAGCUCCAGCCCCGCGCCACAUACCUUCCCCUUCUCCUCCUGGGCCCUCUCUGUUCUUACCAUCCACUCCUAAGCUUGCCUCUGGAAGUCCCGCUUCCUCCCAGGAGGUCCUCUGCUUGGAGGACCCCAGUAAUGGCCAGGGCCUUCGACCUCCUGUGGCUGCCCUCCAGGUGACACCUGACACUCCCAGUGCGAGGUCUCCCUCUGUGGAGGGCCCUCUGGGGCCAUUUGGUGCAGAGAAACAGGCUCAGGUUUGGAGAGACCUAUCAAGCCUCACAAGUGAGGUUUCCAGGGCGCCCCCUUGCCAUACACCACCCCGCCAGGCUGGGCGCGCAGGUCCCGAGGAGCCUGGAGACCCCCACGGGCUGUUGGCCAACCCUUUGUACCCGGAGGAAGCCAUGGCUGCUGCUCGGGAGCGUCCGUGGGCUUUGGAGGCGCGUGAGAUCCCCCACGGAGCCACACCCAGCUGCCCGGAAGUAACUGAGCCAGCUGUCGUGGCCGUGGACCGUCAGGCUAUUUUCCCAGAUACCUGGAGUCUCACAAAGGAACGUGGACAGCCGAAGCAGAGGGCAAAGCCAGAGCCAGGGGAGCCGGAAAGCAGCCGCCCGGCCCCAGUUGAUGAGGAGCAGUUAGGUGGACAGACACCCAUGAGGGGAAGCCUGAUCAGGCCAACCCUGGGACCCAAGACCCUCAGGCGGCCGGAAGGCACCACCGAAGCUGCCGCCCAGGUCCAGAGGAAACAGCCGGAGCCUCCACCUGCCGUGGUCACGGACACGCCCAACACCACUGAGAGGAUUUCCGCCUCCGGCCAGAUCCGCUCUGUGAUCAGGAGGAGCCGGGAGACGGGCCACGCACACCCCAUGUCCCGGGAGCCCUCCCCUCGCCGCCGGCUGGACCCCGCCACCCUGAGCAGGACCCCUUCCCAGGAGCGGCUCAUCGCAGAGCUGCAGGGUCGGCUGGGCAUCCAGCCGGAGGCAGAGGAGGCAGCGGGGGCGGCAGGGGUCUCUGCCGAGGACUGGCUGACCGAGGGCGUCAUCAUCACUGUGCAGCCUCGUGGGAGGCGGGCUGGGGGGCAGCUUGUAGAGAAGGUCGUCUUCCCUCCUGGCUCCCCCGUUCCCCUAAGAAGAACCUUUCCUCUUCUGGCUUCUCCUCCUCCUCCUGUCUCUUUGCUCCAGCCGCACAAAGACGCCUCAGCCAGCAGCCCUUGUCCCUCGCCCAGCCUGCCCGCCCCCUCUUCCCUGGGGCCCUCUGCUCUUGCCCGAGGUUCCCCUGGGGUCCCAAGUGCUGCGGCAGGGCUUCGGGAAGAGGGUGUGCAGGGCCCCACCCCGCCCCCUGCUGCACCCCACACUUGGAGGUCCGUGGGCUGCCAGACCGACGAGGACCCGCUCUUCCCCCCGAUGCAGAUCCAGGGCCUGGAACAAAUGGCGGAUGGAGAAGCGUGGGCGGCCGGCUGGCCUCCGAGCGACAGGCAGAGCAGUCCCGAAGGGCAGGACGAGGGAGGGUUCAUGGCCCAGGGGAAGACGGGGGGCAGCUCUCCCCCUGGGGGCCCCCCGAAGCCUGGGAGCCAGCUGGAUAGUAUGCUGGGGAGCCUGCAGUCUGACCUGAACAAACUGGGGGUCGCCACAGUUGCCAAAGGGGUCUGCGGGGCCUGCAAGAAGCCCAUCGCUGGACAGGUCGUGACCGCCAUGGGAAAGACGUGGCACCCAGAGCACUUCGUCUGCACCCAUUGCCAAGAGGAGAUCGGAUCCCGGAACUUUUUUGAGCGGGAUGGACAGCCCUACUGUGAAAAGGACUAUCAUAACCUCUUUUCUCCGCGCUGCUACUACUGCAAUGGUCCCAUCCUGGAUAAAGUGGUGACAGCCCUUGACCGGACGUGGCACCCCGAGCACUUCUUCUGUGCCCAGUGUGGAGCCUUCUUUGGUCCAGAAGGGUUCCAUGAGAAAGACGGCAAGGCCUACUGCCGGAAGGAUUACUUUGACAUGUUCGCGCCCAAGUGUGGCGGCUGUGCCCGGGCCAUCCUGGAGAACUACAUCUCGGCCCUCAACACUCUCUGGCAUCCUGAAUGCUUUGUGUGCCGGGAGUGUUUCACGCCCUUCGUCAACGGCAGCUUCUUUGAGCACGACGGGCAGCCCUACUGUGAGGUGCACUACCACGAGCGGCGAGGCUCACUCUGCUCCGGCUGCCAGAAGCCCAUCACGGGCCGCUGCAUCACCGCCAUGGCUAAGAAGUUCCACCCUGAGCACUUCGUCUGUGCCUUCUGCCUCAAGCAGCUCAACAAGGGCACCUUCAAGGAGCAGAACGACAAGCCUUACUGUCAGAACUGCUUCCUCAAGCUCUUCUGCUAGGCGCCUUUCUUGGCUCCUCUGCCCCGGCCCAGCCUCCCCAACUGCUACUGUGACCCAGAGGCCUUGCCCAGAGGUCAUGGGGCAAAGCCGACUGAAACUGGAACGCGCGUCC